UAGCGGCUGCCCAGGCAACACGGUCGCUGUCUCUGCUCCAAGCCUCCGCCGACACCUAUGGAUAAGUAGCUGCAGCGGCCCAUCACGGGAACUCUGUCUCCGGCUGUGAAACAUGGCCAGGACUGGUUUCUGCGAAUCCAAGCCCCUGCUGGACUUACACAAGAAGGCGGAUGAGAGGCGAGCCCCGUUAAGAACUUGGUCUAAUGCCUGUGGGCCCAUCGAUCGCUGGCAGCCUGUAGAAGUAGACGAGUCCAGGAUGGCUCCUGUCAAAAUGGAGCCAGAGCGCAGAUGGGAAAGGAGGUUAUCGACGCAAACAAGUGAAGGCAUCAUCAUGGGGUUCCAUGAAGACACAUGCUCAGCUGCAGAUGGGUGUGUGGAGGAGCCUGUGCUUCUUUACCCUCCUGGGCUGCAGGGUCUUCACAGCCUACAGGCACUGGUGCCCAGCUUGCUGCGCCAUGAAGUGGAGACGGCACUGGAGAAACUGGGCCUCAUAUGGGACCGGACGUACGCCUGGGACAUGUUCUUGGAUAUGCUGAGAACUCAAACGCGACACUCCUUUCCAAACGCUGACCUGCCCCGGCAUUUCACUUAUGCCACUCAAUCUGUCCUGGUCGACUGGCUUAUUCAAGUACAUGAAAUUAUGCAUUUUCAGGAAGAGACCCUUUAUCUCGCCGUACACCUCCUCAACCGCUCCCUGCGCCAGAUCAAGGUGACCACCGUCAACCUGCAGCUCCUCGGCAUGGUUUGCCUCUUCCUCGCUGCAAAGAAGGAAGAGUGUCUCCUCCCUGAGGUGUCUGCACUCUGCUACAUGAUGGACCAUGCCUAUACAAAGCAUCAGCUGCUGCGAAUGGAGCGCAAAGUCCUCCUAGGGCUGAAGUUUGAUUUGUCCUACUGUCCCCCUCUGCAUUUCCUCCUCCUCCUUGCCUCCGUUGCUCGCUGCAGCGCUAAGGCGGUGUGGAUGGCUCGUUAUCUGCUGGAGCUGUCUCUCCUGGAGGGCCAGUGUGUGGUGUUCCUGCCUGUGCAGCUGGCAGGAGCAGCUCUGUGCAUGUCCCGCCAAGUUCUGCAGGAGCCCCCAACGGCAGAAGGGGAGGCUGCCUGGUGUCUGGCCUCCAGCAUCCAUGUUGGCAGUGAGCCUGCCCUGCUGAGGAUCAUGCAGAUUCUGGCCAGUGCAGCAGCAAAGGCCCACACCCAAGAGACCUGCGCUACUUUUAUUAAAUUCUCCUCCCCAGAGACCAUGCAAGUCAGCAGACACGCAGGUCUAAAGAGCGCCGCUGGUCUGCUGGGUGUAUGCACUUGACAUUCCUGACUGCCAGAAACUUGGUUAUAUACUGAAGCUUCAAGGUAGAGAAGGUAGACCAGUAUCACUUGAGGACUUGACUCCUGUGUGGUCCAAGGCUAUAUGUUCUUUGCUGUGGAUCCCGAAGGGUUGUCAUGUGAAUGGGUGAGGAAGAAGUGUGAAAGACUUGAUGCCAUGCAUUGUUUGAAGAAGGACUGCAUGCUCUUUGCAUGUAUGUGAUUUAGCCAACUUAGUGGCACGCCUGUUUUAUGAUCUUAUCUUGCAGCCAGCUUAGAAAAUGUUUGAAUUGUAUUAAUGUGUCCUUGUCUUGUCAUUUUGUGAAGAGGAUUUGGGCUGUUUAUGAAGUAAUUUUGAAUGUUUUAAUGUUAAAAAU